AAACACCUUUUCGUUUUCCCAACAACUUCCCUGAUAAGCUAGAUCCACGUCAGGCUAGAUGACUCACAGUCACUUCCCCUCACUCUCCUUCCUCGCACUCACCAAGCUACUACACAACUCCAAUCAACGCCGUUCAAUUAACACCAGUAAAUUGUGAUCCCAUCAAAUCAAUUCGAUUCAAUAGAUUUGCUUUUACACAUGCAAGUAUAUAAACCCAAUCCUCACCAACCAUGGCAGCACAACUCAUUCGAUUCUAGCGAGUGAGGAAAAAAAUAAAAAUAAAAAUCACUGUCUGUCUUCCACUCUUUUCAGUGUAGAAACCUUCGAGUCUACGAAUACAAUACAAUGUCCGGUGGCGGCGGUGAUGCUCCAUCUAUCCCGCCCGCCAAUAAUGGCGGCGAAUUUAUACUCUCUUUACUCCGAAGACCUAACCACCACCCAACACCAUCGCAGCAACAGCAGCAGCAAUCUCAGUCUCCUUUUAUGACCCCACAAUUACAAAAUCACAAUCACAAUCAACAUAAUCCUGCAGUCGCAGCUGUUGGCCCCAGUCUACCUGCACCGUCUAGUCAAGUGUUGAAUCCCAACGGCCGUGAUGUUCUCCCCAAUUCUCCUCCUCUUUGGCCCCAUAAUCUGGGCUUUCCGCAGAAAAACAAUGCUUUUCCUCACCCCCGUCGAAAUCAAUAUUUAGCAGAGGAUUUGCAAAGAUUAGGGUUUUCAAAUGUGGAGACUAGAGCUAAUAAUAAUAAUAAUAAUAAUAAUAAUGACAAUUCGAUCCAGCAUCUACUUCAACAGAAGCAACAGUUUGAGCAAAAGCUACAGUUCGGCUCGUUUUCGAGUGAGAUUCAAAGCCCUGCUGAGGUUUUAGUGAAUGCGAAUUUGGUGCGAGAAGUAGGAUCAGGGGGCAGAAGCUUCAAUGAAUUGGAAAGGAAUAGGCAUCUCGAGAAGCAAGCAAACUCGAAUUCGAGGAGAAAUUCUGAAGUGCGACAGCCAGGAGGCAGCAGUGGAGGAUGGGGAAACCAGCACCGAAACCAACACCUACACCAGGAACAGCACCGGAAUUAUAGGUCUCCGUCUCCGGGGUUCUCCAAUAAGCCUAGAGGUGGAGGAGAUGGAGAGAAUUGGGAUUACGGAAGCAGGAGGAGAGAAUUGGAACUUAAUAUUACCAGGGAAAAGGGAGAUUUUAGUAAAAUGAACAAUGAGAAAGUGAGGAGAAGUGAGGGGUCAGUUGAGCUGGGGCUUACGAGACAGCUUGAUCGUCCAGGUCCACCUGCCGGGAGUAAUCUGCAUUCCGUUUUGUGUUCGGAGAUUGGGGAAUCCUUGAUCAAUCCGGAUGGUGAAAAUGGUGAAGAUGGAAAGGAUGAUGGAGGAGAAUUGGAUGAUCUUGGUGAAGAGCUGGUGGAUUCUUUGUUGCUUGAUGGUCAGCCUGAAGGCAAGAAAGACAAGAAGGAAAGUAGCAAGGAGUCUAGAUCAGAUAACAGGGGGAAAAAUAUACUUAGUCAGAGGAUGAGAAUGCUUAAAAAGCAAAUGCAAUGUUGUUUAGAUAUCGACAGACUAAAUGCUGCUUUUCUUGCAAUUUACGAGUCAUUGAUACCGCCAGAGGAAGAAAAAAUGAAGCAGGAGCUAUUUUUGAUGUCAUUGGAGAAACUGAUCAACAAGGAAUGGCCUCAAGCUCGAUUAUACCUAUAUGGUUCAUGUGCAAAUUCAUUUGGAGUUUCAAAGAGUGAUAUAGAUGUUUGCCUCGCAAUUGAGGAUGCUGAGGUUAAUAAGCCUGAGGUCUUGUUAAAGUUGGCUGAUAUAUUGCAGUCAGAUAACCUCCAGAAUGUGCAGGCAUUGACUCGGGCCAGGGUUCCCAUAGUAAAGCUUAUGGAUCCGGUGACUGGCAUCUCCUGUGACAUAUGCAUAAACAAUGUUUUGGCUGUUGUGAAUACAAAGCUUCUUCGGGAUUAUGCACAAAUAGAUGUCAGAUUACGGCAAUUAGCUUUUAUAGUGAAACACUGGGCCAAGUCAAGAGGAGUCAAUGCAACUUACCAAGGGACCCUAUCUAGUUAUGCGUAUGUUUUAAUGUGCAUUCAUUUUUUACAGCAGCGUAGACCUGCUAUCCUUCCAUGCUUACAGGAGAUGAGAACGACAUACUCUGUCACUGUAGAUGACAUUCAAUGUGCUUACUUUCAUCAAGUUGAAAAACUCCGUGGUUUUGGAUCUCGAAACAAGGAAACAAUUGCUGGAUUAGUAUGGGCAUUUUUCAAUUAUUGGGCAUAUAGUCAUGAUUAUACAAAUGCUGUUAUAUCUGUUCGUAUAGGAAGCAUACUCAGCAAACACGAAAAGGAAUGGACAAGGAGGAUUGGGAAUGAUCGCCAUUUGAUAUGCAUAGAGGACCCCUUUGAGAUAUCUCAUGACCUUGGUAGAGUCGUGGAUAAAUUCAGCAUAAAAGUUCUGAGAGAAGAAUUUGAACGUGCAGCGGAUAUCUUGCAAUACGAUCCAAAUCCCUGUGCAACGCUCUUUGAACCCUAUAUUCCCAGUUGACUUGCUGGCCUGUGCUUGGAAAAGCAUGAUAGAUGUAUUUAUGGACAAGUUAUACCUGUCGUGUAAAGUCGCUUUUCUAACGUCAUCCUCAUUUCCAUCUAUGCCUUGUGCUUUCGUA